AUGCAUAACCACGGGGGCGGCGGGGCGGGGGACAUCGUGCAGGCGGGCGGCGAGAGGGUCGUGCCGCACAGCGGGCCGCUGGUGGGGAAGCGCUCCGCCACGCGGAAGAGCGCGCGGUUCGCGGACUCCGUGUCCGCGCCGCUGCGCGCUGGCGGCCGCGGGAACCACCACCAGGGCGACGACGACGACAACGACUACGUGGAGGUCACCCUCGACGUGCGGGACGACUCGGUGGCGGUGCACAGCGUCAAGCCGGCGGCCGGCGGCGAGGAGGACCCGGACGUCACGCUGCUGGCGCGGGCGCUGGAGACGCGCUCCUCCUCGUACGCCGGCAGGGGCACCCAUGGCGGCGGCGUGCUCCGGAACGCGUCGACAAGGAUCAAGCAGGUGUCGCAGGAGCUCCGAAAAAUCGCGUCCGUCAAGCGCCGCCCCAGCCGCAUCGACCGGUCCAAGUCCGCCGCCGCGCACGCGCUCAAGGGGCUCAAGUUCAUCAGCAAGCCCGACGGCUGGCCCGCCGUCGAGAAGCGCUUCGACGAGCUCGCCGAGAACGGCGGACUCCUCCACCGCUCCAAGUUCGGCAAGUGCAUCGGGAUGAAGGAGCUCGCCUUCGCCGGCGAGCUGUUCGACGCGCUGGCCCGGCGCCGGGACAUCUCCGGGGACAGCAUCAGCAAGGCGGAGCUGCUCGAGUUCUGGGACCAGAUCUCCGACACCAGCUUCGACAGCCGCCUGCAGACCUUCUUCGACAUGGUGGACAAGGACGCCGACGGCAGGAUCACCGAGGCGGAGGUCGGGCAGAUCAUCGGGCUCAGCGCCGCCGCCAACGACCUCAAGAAGAUCACGGAGCGCACAGAAGAGUACGCCCGGCUCAUCAUGGAGGAGCUCGACCCCGACAACCUCGGCUACAUCGAGCUGUCCAACCUGGAGACGCUGCUGCUGCAGGCGCCGCCGACCCAGCCGACGCGGGGCGGGAGCGGGACGACCAGCAGCCGCAACCUCAGCCAGAUGCUGAGCCAGCACCUCAAGCCGACGACGGAGCCCAACCCGCUCCGCCGGUGGUACCGCCGCGCCAGCUACUUCCUGGAGGACAACUGGCGCCGUUGCUGGGUGAUCAUCCUGUGGUUCUCCAUCUGCGCCGGCCUCUUCGCCUGGAAGUUCGUGCAGUACCGGCGGCGCGCCGUGUUCGAGGUGAUGGGCUACUGCGUGUGCGUCGCCAAGGGCGGCGCCGAGACGCUCAAGUUCAACAUGGCGCUCGUGCUCCUCCCCGUGUGCCGCAACACCAUCACGUGGCUCCGCAACCGCACCGCCGCCGGGCGGGUCGUGCCGUUCGACGACAACCUCAACUUCCACAAGGUGAUCGCCGCGGGGAUCACCGUCGGCGCCGGGAUGCACAUCAUCUCCCAUUUGGCGUGCGACUUCCCGCGGCUGCUGCACGCCACCGAGGAGGAGUACGAGCCCAUGAAGCCCUUCUUCGGCGACGUCAAGCCGCCCAACUACUGGUGGUUCGUCAAGGGCACGGAGGGGUGGACGGGGCUGGUGAUGCUGGCGCUCAUGGCCGUCGCCUUCACGCUCGCCACGCCGUGGUUCCGCCGCGGCAGGGUCCGCCUGCCGGGGCCGCUCAGCCGGCUCACCGGGUUCAACGCCUUCUGGUACACGCACCACCUCUUCAUCAUCGUCUACGCGCUGCUCAUCGUCCACGGCCACUUCCUCUACCUCACCAAGAAGUGGCAGAAGAAGUCGACGUGGAUGUACCUGGCGGCGCCGAUGGUCAUGUACGCGUGCGAGCGGCUGGCGCGGGCGCUCCGCUCGAGCGUGCGGCCGGUGAAGAUACUCAAGGUGGCCGUGUACCCCGGCAACGUGCUGUCGCUGCGCUUCUCCAAGCCGCAGGGAUUCAGGUGCAAGAGCGGGCAGUACAUCUUCGUCAACUGCGCCGCCGUCUCGCCGUUCCAGUGGCACCCCUUCUCCAUCACGUCGGCGCCGCACGACGACUACAUCAGCGUCCACAUCAGGACGCUCGGCGACUGGACCCGGGAGCUCAAGAGCGUCUUCGAGAAGGUUUGCCGGCCGCCGACGGACGGCAAGAGCGGGCUGCUCCGGGCAGAGUACGCCGGUGACGGCGGCGCCGCCAUGCCCAGCCCGAGCAGCUUCCCCACGGUGCUGAUCGACGGGCCGUACGGCGCGCCGGCGCAGGACUACAAGCAGUACGACGUGGUGCUGCUGGUGGGGCUGGGCAUCGGGGCCACGCCCAUGAUCUCCAUCAUCAAGGACAUCAUCAACAACAUGAAGCGGCUCGACGGCGACAUCGAGUCCGGCAGCCCCGGCGACAGGAGCGUGUCGGCGGCGUCGUUCCGGACGCGGCGCGCCUACUUCUACUGGGUGACGCGGGAGGAAGGCUCCUUCGACUGGUUCCGCGGCGUCAUGGACGAGGUGGCCGAGAGCGACAAGAAGGGCAUCAUCGAGCUCCAUAACUACUGCACCAGCGUCUACGAGGAGGGGGACGCCCGGUCGGCGCUCAUCGCCAUGCUCCAGUCCCUCAACCACGCCAAGCACGGCGUCGACGUCGUCUCCGGCACCCGCGUCAAGACCCACUUCGCCCGGCCCAACUGGCGCAAAGUCUACAAGGACAUCGCCCUCAAGCACGCCGGGCAGCGUGUCGGAGUGUUCUACUGCGGCGCGCCGGUGCUGAUCAAGGAGCUGCGCCAGCUUGCGCAGGAUUUCUCGAGGAAGACGAGCACCAAAUUCGAGUUCCACAAGGAGAAUUUCUAA